CCAUACUUCUAAGGACCCUUCCCAUCACCGGAGGCUCCCAGAAAAUCGGACAAGAGGGAAAGACCGCUGUAGAGGCGACUGCCACCGCUCAGUGAGCGCUUGCAGUGGAGAGCCUGAGCUAGCUCGGUCGUAGGCGGGAAGUUACUGGCGAGCUGGCCCGGUACAGCCGCGAUGCUACGGCGAGCUGCCCCAGCGACUGGAGCCCGGUAGACGCGUCCCUCGUCGCCCUGCACUUUCUUCAGGCUGCCGGGAGCCCCGGGACCCGGCGGGACCGGCAUGACGGGCUUGGCGGGGGUCUGCUGCGCGCCCACCAGCCUCCGGAGACCUGCGCCCUGCCCGGCUCCCACGGCCUCUGAGGCUCGGCAGCCCGGCGGUCGGUCUCCGGGGGCUCUUUUGAAGAGGCCGAGCCCGCUGGGGGGUCGUUGAGACCCGAGAGUUGAGGGCCACGGAACUGCUGCUCCGGUCUGCCUUGGGCGAUCGUCUUUUAACCCCCCCAGCACGUCAGCAUCCAGCCACCGCGGCGCUCUCCUAGCGAGCAGCACUCGGGACUACCCCCUUCAGCGAGACGGAUGGAAAGCGAGUCCUGCGGAGGACCUGCCCCUGAAGUUCUGCCUCAAGUCACCAUUGUGAACAAGGGACCCUAAAGAAUGGCCGAGCCUUGGGGGAACGAGUUGGCGUCCGCAGCUGCCAGGGGGGACCUAGAGCAACUUACUAGUUUGUUGCAAAAUAAUGUAAACGUCAACGCUCAAAAUGGAUUUGGGAGAACUGCGCUGCAGGUUAUGAAACUUGGAAAUCCGGAGAUUGCCAGGAGACUUCUACUCAGAGGUGCUAAUCCCAAUCUGAAAGACCGAACUGGCUUCGCUGUCAUUCAUGAUGCAGCCAGAGCAGGUUUCCUGGACACUGUAAGGGCUCUGCUGGAGUUUCAGGCCGACGUUAACAUAGAAGAUAAUGAUGGAAACCUGCCCCUGCACCUGGCUGCCAAAGAAGGCCACCUCCCUGUGGUGGAGUUCCUGGUGAAGCACACAGCCAGCAACGUGGGGCAUCGGAAUCAUAAGGGGGACACCGCCUUCGACGUGGCCAGGUUCUAUGGAAGAAAUGAGGUCAUUAACCUGAUGGAGGCAAAUGGGGUCGGGGGAGCCACAAAUCUACAGUGAGUGUGGGGAGGGCUUUCGCACGUGGCCUUUACUUUGUCAGUUAGUUGGUUGGCUGUCCUGACUGGUUUACUAUCACUUGUUAAAAUAUAAGGUCUUGUUUUCUUUUUCUUAUUUUGAGCAACUAGCUAAAUCCUUUGAAAUUGCCUAAUUGGAAAUCUCACUACAAGUUUAUGAAAUAUUUAAACAUCUUUUUCACUGUCAAAAUUCUGAUUUCUAACAUGUAAUUGCAAAUAGCUUUGCCUUUCUUCUGGAUAUUUUAUCUGUGACUUUUUUCUUUGCUUCCCUUUGCCAGUCUCAGCGUCUGUCCUGUAGACCUUGUUGUAAACAUUACUUGUCCUGAUGCAUCUUUGCUUAAUUAAAGCACAUUUUCAGAA